GGUCUGGGGCUCUGCUUCUCAUCCCCGCCUGCCGUCCUGCGCGUCUUUCUCUUGCAGCUGCAGGAGCUUCUGGAACUGGGGAAUGUGACCACCGACUACCCUCUGGCGGAGACCGUCGUGAUGAUGGGCUUCUUCAUGACGGUCUUCGUGGAGCAACUGGUCUUGACCUUCCGGAAGGAGAAGCCUUCCUUCAUUGACCUGGAGACCUUCAACGCGGGCUCAGACGUUGGCAGUGACUCUGAGUUUGAGAGCCCCUUCAUAGAGCCUUCCUGGGGGCACGGCCACCGGGGCGAGCGCGGCCACCACAGCCACGGCCUGGACGUCUACGAGCUGUCGCGUUCCAGCCCGUUACGGCUCUUCAGCCUGGUCUUUGCCUUGUCUGCCCACUCGGUUUUUGAGGGCCUGGCCCUGGGCCUGCAGGAGGAGGGCAACAAAGUCAUGAGCCUCUUCCUGGGGGUGGCCAUCCACGAGACCCUUGUGGCUGUGGCCCUGGGCAUCAACAUGGCCAAGACCGGGCUGAGGAUCAAGGAGGCGUCCAAGCUGGCUGCCACAGUCAGCCUGAUGAUCCCACUGGGCAUUGGCAUUGGGACGGGGAUUGAGAGUGCCCAGAACGUGGCCAGCAGCGUGGCCUCGGUGCUCCUGCAAGGAAUCGCUGGGGGCACGUUCCUUUUUGUCACUUUCUUUGAGAUCCUGGCCAAGGAGCUGGAGGACAAGAACGACCGGCUGCUCAAAGUGCUUUUCCUGAUUCUGGGCUACGCGGUCUUGGCGGGGCUUGUUUUCUUCAAGUGGUGAAGGAACCCCCGGUCUUCAUUUCCUUGUCCCAGGACUGGUUGGGGUCCUCUCUCACGGACGGCAGGGGGAGGGCCAGUCAGCAGGGGGUCUCCGAGGGGUCGCUCCCGCUGCUUUCAUCCUGCCCUGAGCACUGGGGUUCUUCCCCGGCCCUCUUUUCACGCCCGCAGGGAGGUUGGAGCAACUGGGAAGACUGCUCUUUUCAGCUGCGAAGACCUGGCAUUGCGCCCUGGAUCCAUCAUGCCAUCAGGCAAAGCGCUGGGACACAAGCUCGGAAUCGGGGGCAUCCCCUCCCGGCCUCUGCCCUUUAAUUGAGGAACAGGGAAGGUCUCCAGGUCCCACCACCCAUGUCCCCUCUGCUCUCUGGGGGAAAGGUCUGUCUAGACCUACCUUUGGGAAAACCAGGCGCUGCUGGUUAACGCCCCGGAAGCUCGUCUCCUCACGGCAGGAGGCAUUUUACACGUGGUGUUGUUAAGGUUUGUGUCAAGGUUUCUGCUAGCUCGUGAAGAUUUUUCAAAAAGGGGAUGUGCCCCCUUGCCCGUAAAGCAGGGUGUCAUCACAGACUCGCUUGGUCCCUCCGAGCAGAGGUUCUGUCCUUCAGAGUUAGCUGCAUCUUAACCUAAGCUGUGCGAGUCUUUUCCCAGGGGGCAGAGCACUUUGUCCUUCCGAGGUGGCCCUUGCUCAGGGGCCUCCAUCCUCUGUGCAGCCCAAACUACUGCUAAACUACUUCAGAACGGUUUUGUUUUACGCAACUUGAACCUCCUUGUUUGAUCCUGCGUGUGAGAGUGAGAAGGGGAGGGGACUGUGCGCUGGUCCAGAUCUGAGCAUCCUGAGACUCGCAGGUGUCCCGGGGCAGCUUUGGCGUCCCUGGAAUUUGGCAGGGCUGUUUUCCCUUAGAAAUGUUUGCUAGCAGAGCAGUCGCUCUCUGCCCCCAUCCUGUCUGCAGCAGAAUCCACAAGAACAGUCUGCCUGUGUGGGUCUCUGUCUCCUUCGUGGGCAGAUGGCAGAAACCAGGCGGGUGUCUGCUGGGGGUCUCGGGGUUGAAGCUUCUGCUGGUGGGGAGCGAUGGCCUUGUUGCCUGUCUGUGCCGUUGGCUUGUUUGCCAAGCUGUUAAUCCAGGUCGAGCCAAGGCAGAGCGGGUGCCAGGCGUGCAAAGGCAGAGCAGAAUACCAGCUCUUGAGCGCGGUUGUCUUCUGGGCAGAGGUGUACAGGGGAGUGAAUAUGGAUCCUGCCCCCGGGCCUCUCCCGCCUCUGCUGCGGGGAGACUGCCGCUGCCUGGGCUUCGGCUGCUCUGGGACCAGAGUGGCUCCUCUGAUGGGAGGGGAGACUCAAGGGCCUCCAGUCCUGCCCCCACCCCAGCCAUUAUGACCCCCAAGCAGCAGGCCUCCCUCGACAGGAGACUGCCAGUCGCCCCGAUCUGACAGAGCCUCAGGCAAAGUGGAGUUGGACCUUCUGCCUUACCAGACAAAGGCUGUUGGAACCAGGAGCUCCUAUCUGCAUGGGGCGGGGGGGCCAUCCACCACUUUCCUGCCCACCUGUUUGGCCAAGAGAAUGCAGUUAUGGGGGAGGGGCACCUUCUCUCCCCAUCAGUUGCAGCUGGGGCCCAAAAGAGCAUCGCUGGCCCUGAGCGACCUUCCUUCCCCCACCCCAGUUGCCCCGUCAGCGCAACUCCUGGAAAGGCUGCAGGGCCCACUUGCCUCCUCCGGCCCUCAGUGCUCAGGGAGAACUGGUCUGCUGGUGUGCGUGUUAUUUAUUGCAUUCCUGCUCUGGGAGAGGAUCAGAUCUAUGUUGUUGGGCUGUUUUUUUUACACUUGGUUUGGACGUCUUUACAUUACUCUCCAUUGUGCUAAAAUAGCCCUUGUGUACUGAAAUAAACCUCCUUUAUUACCCUU